AUGCCUAUUAACACCCUAGAAUCUCAUCUUUUUGAUAAUCACUCGGUCAACACAUAUCCGUUUGAUGUGUUGAAGAAUGCCACUAUUGGAAUUGACGUUGAGCACUAUAUUUCUCGUCUCUUGAGCUUCAAGAAGGAGCUUAAUUAUGAUGCAAUUAGUGGCGUUCCCUUGACACUGUUAAACUACAUCGAUACCGAUCUUAAAAUGUUCCAAGAACUAAACAUUAGACCAUUGUUUGUAUUUCCAGGUCUGAAAAGCACGUCACAAUACGAAAAAUUACUAAAUGGUAAAGAACUUAACUCCUCAGAGAUAUACCACCGAAAAGUCUGGGACGACAGAACGUAUUCCAGAGAUGGCGGUUAUUCUUUUAGAGAACCAUGGUCAAGUAUCCCUAUACGGCCUCUUUAUGGAGACCUGAUCACCUUCUUUAUCGAGAAUAACAUCGACUAUCUGGUGGCUCCUUAUUCUGCUGUCGUCCAACUGCAUUACUUGGAAAGUAAGCAAAUGGUAGAUGUGGUGUAUUCUUCUACAGACUAUUUACUGUUGAAUCCUACUCAAAAGUUCAUUCUGGGAUUUGAAUUUCAGAAUAGAGAGUUCAAAUCGCUAGAUAAAACGAAUAUUCUCUCAAGACUGAAUCUUUCUUUCGAACAAUUAAAGAACAUAUCGUUUGCGUUAGGAAAUGAGUUCCAACCAGAACGGUUACCUGGCUUCCUAUCGGCCUCUUUUCCCUCGUUACAUGAUUAUGUCAAUAAUGGAGGUUCGAUCAUCAAUUCAUUGCUACAAGAUCCGGCAUCAUUAGAGAAAUUUCAAAGAGGAUUAGCACUAUUGAAAUAUGUUCCAGUAUUGAAAGAAGACGGGAGCGUUGGGCCAUUGAACUCAGAAUUGUUUCAAGUUUCCCACUCCUCCUCUUCAAAACCUCCCAAUAUUGCCCAGAGUGCUAAUAGUUCGUCCCAAUCAACCCCUAGUUCCGUCAACACCCCGUUGUAUCCAAAAGACCAGGAUUUGCAGAUUCCUAAUGAUUUGCAUGAUGUCAUUGGCCAACGACUAUCAAAUGAACUGUAUUUUUACAUCUCCCUUGGUUUGAUUAAUUUUGAACUCUUAGAAUCAAUAAUAUACGACCAUUAUCUUGAAAGAUUACCACUAGAUGCCCAGGUAACCCAAUUGUAUGAAAAGAUUACAAUCGGUGAUGAUUCCAUAGAAUUGAAAGGAAAAGUUUUAAAUGUUCUAACAUCAUUUUUGAACAGAUACUAUCAAGUUAAACGAUUACAAUUGACCGCAGUUUAUCAGCCAGUUAGGGAGCUGACUUUGAAUCAAAGAAUCCAGCCUACGAUUUAUAGUAAGAUUCGAUCUAUUAUUGUGAAGACGAACCAGGCCAAUGGAACUGUUUUUACAUUGGAUGGUUUCUUCCAAAAUUUCAGUAGCAAAUUUGUUACUGACAGUGUGAUUACAGACUAUCCCAAUGAUUCACAGAAGAUCUCUCAGCCAAUAGAUAUUGUAAGCACAGGUUUAUUACGUGCUCUAACAAUACUUGGAUUUGUUGACUACUCAUUUGCCUUGACAAAAUGGGGUGAAUUAUUGGUAUCUCCCCUCUUUCAGCAAUCAAAGCAUCCAAAGGAGUUGUUUUUGCUUCUGGUGUUGUUCAAGUUAGGCAAAAUCACUGAAAGGGACUUGGUGGAACCGAGUGACUCCAAAGUGACUUCCGACGAAAGAAAAUCGAUUACUCUGAUUUCUAAGAUUUCUGGAUUAUUGAAGCUGAAAACAAGACCCAUCAAUUACAACUCAAAGGUCUCCCGAUCUGUUUUAAACUUCAGAUCCACAAUUUCGAAAAUUAAUACUAUUGUCUCCGAGACACUCAAUUCGUCUUUGAUUGCUCUAUUCUUAUCGGCCACAGAAUUGGAAAGCUCAGUUAGACUGAAUGAUACUGAUUAUUGGAGACAAAUUGUGAAACAAAUACCCUUUAGAACUUCUGUUCCCAACACUCUUCUUGGCGUUGCUACUCUGACCUUUUUGACAACCUAUAUAAAUGCGAAGGAGGAAGGCCCUGAAAAGGGGACAGAAGCAGUGGAAAAAGCUAAUGCUUUUAUUGAACAAACCUUUUCUCCUGUUUCAGAGUCACCAAAAGCUCAAGUUGUUGAAGCUUUUGAGUUUUUCAAGGAAGUUGGUUCAGUAUUUAAAUUAUUAGGGGACUCAAAACUAGUUGCAGAUAAGUCUUUGCUUCAAAGGUUUGAAUCUUCACAGAAAUUAAUUGACCAAAUUCAAUAG